ACAUUGUAAACUGUCUGCUAAUCUUUAUUUGUUUACUUAAGUUUAAAUAAACAUAAUAAACAAUUAUCUUGAGGAUUAUAAAAUGUAAUAGAUAAAAUAAGUUAGUCCUACUGGUGAUAUUAAAUAUAUCUAAUUUGCAUUUUUUUAAGCAUUUUUAUAUCGUCAUAUACGUUUUAGUACAUCAGCAGUUAAUUUAGAGUGUUUUGAUCAUUAAUGAAGUUUUAAUAUAAUUAUAUUUACUGUAAAUAAUAUGUACUUACAAAAUUGUCGAGUGUGCCUUAAAAAAUGUGUUAGGAAUCAAAUUCUACUAAGCGAUAUUUUAGGAGAUAAUACCUCGGCCUUAGACGUUUAUAACCAAUGCACACAAUUGGAUGCAUAUGUCGGGGAUAACCUACCACAGAUUCUUUGUCAAAAUUGCGGUAAAGAAUUAAAUAAAAUUUACAAAUUUGUCUGUAAGGCAAAGGAAACGCAAAAAAGGCUUAGAAGCUCUAAUGAAUUAUUCGAAAACAAAGAUGAAUUAGAAAUUCCUCAUUAUGUACAAAACAGUUUCUUGAAAGUCGACGAAAGUAACCUUUUAAGAGACCCUCUUGAAGAGUCAGCAGAUGAGUCAAAUGAUAGUAAAAACUAUCGACGAAAUGAUUUUGCUGAUCCAGUUGAGUUAAUAUGCAACGAUUAUCCUAGCAAUCAUAGUACUGAUGGUGAUGAAGAAGACAAUAUAACUUUGAAAACAUUGAUGGAAAAUGCAAAUAUUGCAGAAUUAGAAAGUCACUCUAAUAAUGAAUGUAAAACGGAAGCCAAAUUGCAGGAUAAUGAUACCCAAAAGUAUGUUGACAGUGAGUUGGACGAGUUCGAAUAUGAAAAUCACUACAGUGAUAUUGCAGCUGAAUUCUCAAAAUCUGUUCAAUCACAAAUAUUUCCGCAGGGACAAUAUAAAUGUAAGAGCUGUGAUAAGCGUUAUUUUACCGAAAUUGGGCUGAAAGCACAUAUUGAAUAUCACAUUCCCAAAAGUAGCAAAAGUAAUGCAACAAGUGCCCAACGAAAACGGAAUAAAACCAAAAAAGUAUUAGAAGUGAAUUCUUCAUUUGAUGCUUCAGCAGAUGCAGUAAAAGUAUCGAAUACGCUGCAGGAUGAGAAUAAUGAAAUCACUACACAAAAAAAUAAGCCAAAAGAAAAAUUACAAAAGUCAAAAAAAUUAUUCCCCUGUAAUAUUUGUGGUAAAAUUAUGAUUUCAGCUUCGAAAUUGCGAUAUCAUAUGGUCAUGCAUACUGGUGAAAAGAAUUAUUUAUGUACUGUUUGUCCUAAAGCCUAUUCAACUAUAUAUGCUUUAAAGCAUCAUAUAAGAACACAUACCGGUGAACGUCCAUAUGAAUGUAAAUUUUGUGGUGAACGAUUUUUAAGGCCAACGACACUUAAAAGUCAUUUGCGCCGUCAUACAGGUGAACGUCCUUAUGGAUGCAAUAUAUGCGGAAAGAGAUUUAUACAGCAUUCCUCUAUGACGACUCACGUUCGUUUAAAUCAUAUGGAGAAAACAAUACCCUGUCCUCAUUGUCAUAAAAAAUAUGCACGUAAAACAGAUUUGAAUACUCAUUUGCUAAGUCAUACAGGAGAUAAACCAUUCUCGUGUCAUUUGUGCCAAAGACGCUUUAUACGACAGGCAAAUCUUAACAAACAUAUGAAUCAACUGCAUAUGGACAAAUCAAAUUUGUUUAAGAAUUCGAAGAAAUCUAACAAUAAAUACAUUAGUGAACAAAAAGUUAGCAAUCAAGCAUUGCCAAACAAUGAUAUGGACACCAAUUAUACAGCACCGGUUGCAAUAAAAUAUAAUAAUAUCAGAAAUGAUAAUGAUAACCCUAGUAAUUACCGCAGUGGCCUUGUAACACCACCGAUUGGUAUUACAAUACAGACCAAAAUGGACAACAAUAAUUUACAACAAACGUGUAAUUCUGUAUCAACAAAUACUGAUCGUAAUAUGUUAACAUUGAACAAAACAAAUUCACUUGGCUUAGUUCCUUUAUAACAUAUAUUGUAUAUAGCAUAUACAGGUCUGUUAUAAUGUUAUUUAUACGCGCUCUAACAUUGUUUUAUGUUUGGUACUUAUACAUUUAAAUCACCAGGCAAUGCAGGUUUUUAAUUUUUAUUUAAAGUUGCGCAUGUUAUAAACAAAACACAUUUUGAAAAUUAAUAUAAGAUAAUAUUAAUAAAAAUGUAAUAAAA